CUUUGUUUCACGGUGAUUUAACAAGAGCCGCGCUAUUGGAGUCAGACUGGAAGUUACGCGGAACUGGAGCGCGUACGUGCGAAAAGUAGCCACGCACACGCACGUCCACAGCGGUCUUGCAACUCAUUUUCUCUCGCAUUGAUGUGUAUUAUUGACAGCAUAAGGACAUAUCCUACGGGGCCGUAAUGCGAACAUGGCGAGCGACUUCAGUUAUCUCGUCGACCUUACUUUAACUUUAAGUUAGUCUCCGGUCUCCAGGCGCUUACAUCUGCACACGGGAAUUCUUUUCAUCUGCUAGCUAGUUUACAAAUGCGUCGUCCAAGUUUUCCGUUGAUAUUGGCACAAUUGAUGCAGCAAUUGAUGCAGUCAGCCACCUUGAGUCGUCUGGCGCUUGCGUUCGCAGUCGUCACACUGACCUGCUAUCAGUUGGAUGCUGCGAUGGCACAGCUGCAACCGCCACCGCUCCACCUGCGGGGUGCCCAGCCACCCCCAAUGCUUCCGUGGCAGCACGCGCCCGGCUCGUGGAACCCCCCUUAUGCCGGCAUGCACAACAACCUGUCCGCCCUGCUUCGUAUGCAGCGGUUACCGGGCGUGAACUGGGUGGUGGUGUACGCUCUGUCCACCCUUGAGGGCCACCAUGAGCUGGUGCUCCUCAACUCCCUGACGUCCCUGCUUCUGUUUGGCGGGGGUGACGGGGCGUAUGUGGUCAUGGUUGCGAGUGAGGCAGCAUUGAAGACUUGCAUUGGGUUGCAGCUGCCCUGCUACAAUGCGACCGCGGACGUGAGCGAGCAUCAGCGUGGUACAAUUGGAAAGUAUGGAACUGCAGGCUAUUGGCGGGGCUGCUGGGUGAAGGUGCUAUUGGUGCGCAAGGUGCUUCACGCACUGGCCCACGGCCCCUCCACCAUGCAGCAUGAGGACAGCAGCAUGGGCAUCAUUCUGGUCGACAAUGACGUGGUGUUCGUCAAGCGCCUCUUUGAAAGUGCAACCGCGUUUAUGGACAAGAGCAUUUAUGACAUAGCGGCCAUGGAUGAGAGCAAUAUGGAACAAAAAGUCAAGGGCAUCAACAGCGGCGUUCUCUUUGUCCGCAAUACGUUGCAAUCACGUGCACUGUAUGAGUCAUGGGCACAGCAAGAGGCAUCACACACAGGUGAUCAGGAGAUAUUCAACAUCAUGCAGGGGCGUCACUGGUUGCCAUGCAGCUCCCCCUCAGUGUGCUGGCCAGAGCCGGGAUCGUAUAUUGUUCCUGACCAUCUUGCAGCCCGCGUGGCAAGGUACUACAACCCCUACAGUUUUGGAGCCAACAACUGUCCACCGUAUGCCGCUGUACACCCGGAUCAGGUGUGGGCGUUGAAACCCUUUCAGAAGUUCCAGCGUCAGGAAAACCCACGGCAUUGCGAGGUGUCCCACCGGCUCUACAUCCACAUGAUCUGCGUUGCAUCCAAAAUUACCGCCGCCAAGGCGCUGGGGCUGUGGUUCUUGGACGAUCAGAAGGCCACAAACGUGACGGCAGUGGAGGCUGCAGGCCUGCCUUGUUGGCCAUCACAGGAUGUCGCCAAGCUGAUCCUUGUACCCCAGUUCCCAUAGUUACUGCAUGUACUCUUGACACAGACCCAUGGAGUCAUUGAUGUUGCAUUUACAUACCGCUAAGGUGUUCAGGGUGCAUGUUGGUACAGUGCACAGUCCAUCAUGUUUCAAGUGUCAUUGCUCUGUGUGGCAGUCAAUCGAGAUGGGCUGCCUGGUGAAGGCGUGGCAAGGCGUGUUGAUGUCUAGAGGAAAAGCGCCACCCCACACUGGGGUGCAUUACUUCCUCUGUAGUUCUCAGGGUAUAUGAGUGCUGAUCGCUCCUCAACAAGGCGUGGCAAAGCGCGGCCUGCUGACCCUACCUGCCGUUGAUGCACCCCACUCUGUAUCA